UUUUGAUGUGAGUCAUUCUUGUCGUUAGGUUACACACGGAAAAGGUGGAAUCAAGGAAUAGUAUAACAUUGUCAGGAUUUACUUAAAUUACAUUUAGUGUGAAAACAAAAGUUUUAAGAAUGCCGAAUAACGACAAGGAACCACAAAAUAUACAGAAUAAUAAUGAGAGUAAUACUUUGGAAAGCACGCAGGCAGUAGCCGCUGCCACUGAAGCAUUGAUUGCGGCCGCAGUAGCCGGCAGUAAAUCGUCCCCCACUGCCAAUAAUAAGGAAUCUGGGUCCAAUGAUGCCGAAAAGCAACACACUGAUGCAAAAUCCACUUCGGCAGGUUUACUCAGAAAUCAAGGCUUGCUAAAGGUACUAUCCGAAGUUGCAGCUGCCGGCCGACAGUCGAAACAAUUCGCCUUUUGGUCCACACAACCAGUACCCAAACUAAAUGAAGAUAUUACCACAAAUGAAUGUAUUGAACCUGAUAAAGAUAUCUCGGAAAUUCGUCCGGAUCCGUAUACUUUGCCAGAAGGCUUUAAAUGGGAUACUCUUGAUUUGAACAGUACCACCGAUUUAACUGAAUUAUAUACCCUGCUGAAUGAAAAUUAUGUGGAGGAUGAUGACGCUAUGUUUCGUUUUGAUUAUCAACCAGAAUUUCUGAAAUGGUCAUUGCAACCACCCGGUUGGAGACGAGAUUGGCAUGUUGGUGUACGUGUGGUAAAGUCGGGACGUUUGGUUGGUUUCAUAUCUGCCAUUCCAAGCAAGCUGCGUUGUUAUGACAAAGUGCUUAAAACUGUUGAGAUAAAUUUUCUAUGCGUUCAUAAGAAAUUGCGUAGUAAACGUGUUGCGCCGGUGCUUAUACGUGAGAUUACUCGCCGUGUAAACUUGACUGGAAUUUUCCAAGCUGCUUACACCGCGGGAGUUGUACUGCCUAAACCAGUCUCUACAUGCCGGUAUUGGCAUCGCUCAUUAAAUCCCAAAAAACUUGUUGAGGUAAAGUUUUCACAUUUAGCACGUAACAUGACAAUGCAACGAACAAUAAAAUUGUACAAACUACCCGAUCAGCCAAAAACUAAAGGAUAUCGUCGUAUUCAACCCAAAGAUAUGGACAAGACACAGAAGCUACUUGAAGAGUACCUCAAAAAAUUUUCUUUGAGUCCAGUUUUUUCAAAAGAAGAAUUUCGCCAUUGGUUUACUCCGAAAGAUGGAAUUAUUGACUGUUUCGUUGUCGAAGAUGAGCACGGAAAUAUAACUGAUAUGACAAGUUAUUACUGUUUACCAUCAUCGGUGAUGCAUCACCCAGUACAUAAGACUGUACGUGCUGCUUAUUCUUUUUAUAAUGUGUCUACAAAAACACCAUGGUUGGAAUUGAUGAAUGAUGCGUUGAUAUCGGCAAAAAAUGUUCAUUUGGACGUCUUCAAUGCACUUGAUUUGAUGGAGAAUAAAAACUUCUUCGUACCCCUGAAGUUCGGUACUGGCGAUGGCAAUUUGCAAUAUUAUCUAUACAAUUGGCGUUGUCCAGCUAUGACACCAGAAGAUGUAGCGCUCAUUUUAAUGUAGUUGACAUUAGCUAGAAAAGGCUACACACACUAAAAACAACAUAAGAAAAUAAAGGAAAAUUCAGCACAUACCGCAAAUAGUUAAUGAAUACAAAAGCCAGUCCAACCAUCACGACAAAAAAUUAAACAUAUAAUCGAAGAAGUUUGUUUCCAUAAUACAUUGCAUAAAAUGAUAAUGAUGACAAUUAAUGAUAUUGUUAGACUACAUAAAAGUAUAAUUAGAACUUUGGUGGUUCUAUGAUGGAUUCCCUUUAAAAACAGCAUGUGUGUUGAAAAUUGGAAGUUGCACAUGAGCAGCUUUAGUUGAAUACAAAAUAGCACAACAAAGUUAAGUAAUUGCAAUAAAAACAUACAAAUGUCUAUAUAUGUACAUAUUUCCAAUUUUAUGUAUAUAUGUACGUAGACGAGUAUGCUUUAAACUAAGUUUACUUAAUUUUUAGCGCCGUAGCAGAACAAAAUUAGUAUUUUGGCUACACGAGUAUGUAAUUCAUUAAAGAUUUUUUGCAAGUCUCUAUUACUAUUGGUAACGUUAAAUUUUUUGAAAUAUAAAAUUUCAGACAGCACAAUUCCGUGAUCUUUGGUUUCGGAUUGUUUAAGGACUACGAAUAAAAGCAAUAAAGCAAUUUCA